GAAACACUGCACUCGUACAGUAUCAUCAAUCGACCCAACUCCUCAUCUUCUACCCACAGUGUUCGAUGAUGGCACGAUUCAAUUUGGUCGUGCAUGAUUGGUUCGAAGUGGACGACCCUGUGCGGCCGUGCCUUAUCGGACGUCAGUCGUCACUUCCUUACUAGUCUGAUAGAUAGGUAUCCAUAUGACUCCUAUCCUAUCCUAUCCUAUCCUAUCAAUCAAUCAAUCUAUCUGCAUCUCUCCCCUACUGCAUACAUACUGAGGUAUCAGUAGACAGAUAGUUCUUCUUCUUAACAGUUCCUCCAUCCGGAUACCUGUCAUCUUCAGAACUUCAUCUUUGCAGUCCCCUUUCCAAAUUCCAAUCAGGCAGAUAUAUUCAUCACUUUGCUCAAUUCCUUAUCUUGAAUCAAGAUGGCAAUCUAUUCAUCCGUCCCGCCACCCUCACAACAGGCUUCCGGCUUACCAGGUCCAGACAUCGAAGCCUGGACAGUGUCUGCUCUAGAAUCACUCAAUGUUUCUCCCACUGCUCGCGGUACCGGAGUUACACUUUCUAUUCCGCUCGAACAGGUUGAGCCUCCCAAAGACGCGACGCCCUCAAGGCCCACCGCGUACAAACCUCGCAAAGAACUUUUGAAACGCGAUAGUCAGAAACACAGAGAGACACUGCUGAGGGGAAAGGAGGGCAGUCGUAGACGCCAAAGAUGGGAGAACGAUCAUCUACUCCAUGUUCCAAAUGCCCAACCGCCACUUCCAAGUGACUGGGAAGUUCGUCCGACCUACCCCGUUCAUCACGUACCGUAUUAUUUAGCUCCUUUGUGGGAUGCGGGUGUCCGUCAUCGAGCUGAAGAAAUCGCCGCUGAAAAGAAAUUGGACAAAGCAAGAAAGGCAGGCAGCUGCGAGGAGAGAGGCCGUGUUCCGCAAGAUUUAAGACAGAAGCUCAAGAAGAGCAAAGGAGCUAAGAGUCUUUUGCAAGACUUGGAGGAGGAGGUGAGAAAGUUCGUCCAAGAAUAUGAAGGAAAGCAGAAAAUCCUGGGACAGAUGAAGGAAGAUGAAAUGGAUAGUGAGGAUGAAGAAAUUGUGUUCAUUGGAAGAAAUGGCACAAUGAGUGAUGAGCAGCGGAAUCUAGUCGAGGAAGAGUUACAAAGAGAAAAACUAGUCUUCGAUUCUUUAGCUGAUGACACAGGGGCAAGCUUCGGACGUUGGCUCGUCCAUUCUAUUGCAUCUUACUAUGGUCUCACUUCUCGAUCUAUCACAGUCGGCGAUCCCGCUCGUCGCGAGGCCUAUGUCGGUAUAAAGGAAAUGGGUACGGGUGGACAGAUUUCUCGUCUCCAAUCCGACCUCCCCCGUCCGUUGUGGGGAAUGAUCUGAUUGUGAAGGUUUGAUGUUUUACCUUGGCAGACCUUUGCCAAUACUCUUUUCUGUUCUGGUUAUCAGUGCCACAUUUUGAGCUCAUUCUUCGUCCGUUACAUUACUCGGUUUUGCAUAGCUAUUAGAUCCGUAGAUGAUAGGUCUAAUCAUCAUAUUUAAUUCAAUGAAACCUUAUGAUUUUCCA